AACGUUAGUUUCGUCAGUUUCGUUUUGUCCAUGUUUGGAUAUUCUAAAAAAAGUACGUUUGGUGUUAACUGAUCAGUUUUUUGAGAUACACGAGUGUGAUUAUUAAAUUAAAAUUUAAACAUGUCAGAAAUAUCGUUAUCUGAAGGGUCUCAAAUGCAACAAAUUGAUAUUUCCAAUUUAAAUUUCCAACAAUUAGUGCAUUUGAAGCAGCAAAUGGAUCAAGAACUUAACGUCUUUCAAGAUUCUUUGCACAAAUUGAAACUCGCACAAAGUAGAUUCCUAGAGUCUGGAUCGUGUUUGGAAAAAAUUACACCUAAGGUCGAAGGAAAGGAAAUACUUGUACCACUUACCGGGUCGAUGUAUGUUACUGGAAAACUCGCAAACACAAGUAAUGUAUUAGUUGAUAUAGGGACUGGCUAUUACGCGCAAAAGAGCAUACAAGAUGCAAAGGAAUAUUUCAAAGGAAGAGUAGAAUAUGUUACUGAACAAAUGGAAAAGAUUCAGCAAGUUGGUUUAGAGAAAAGUAAAAUUAGAGAUGCAACAGUAAGCAUAAUUGAAAUGAAAAUUCAGAAUCCAAUGUAAAAAGAAAUCAUAGAGCAUAAAUAGGCUGAAUGAUAACAAAGAAAAGUUUUGUUUCUGGGUAUGCUGUUACAAAAUUUUUUCAAUUUUCAAAAUUUAUAUUAAUUUAUAUUUUAUUACACAUUAAGGGAGACAAGAACAUUUUGAGCUCCUGUAAUAUUAAGUCUCUUUGUAAGCUUCAUGUCACUGUCUUUGCCAAUUCAAAUAUAUUCUCAUUCACUUGA